AGCCGAAGUCGCUUCUAUUUUAUGCUAGCGAUAGGACAAUUCAACGAUGACGUCCAGUAAUAGUGGUSACCGCCGAUUGAAUCGCUGCCGCCAUCUCCGUCGGUGGUGCUGUAUCCUAUUGGUAUCCUCGCUGAAGAMGAUGGUGAUCAUGACGAUGAUCCAACGCGCUGCAGCCUAUAAUAUUUUCAUGACGAAGGCUUCCACRGGCAACGGUAAGCACCCUGCCGCUGUGAAUCGAGCGAAAUUUCUAUCGGCUUCCACCGCCACCUUUGUCUCGGGAACUACCGCUGGAUUUGUUUCUGCAAAUGCGAAUCCGGGUGUUGCACAUGCCGCUUCGAGCAGGGCACCAACCAAUUCCCAGAAAUUUGAUAGCAACCCCCGGUAUAUCGAGAGGGAUCUGGCAAUGACCUACGGGCAGGACAAGAACGGAAACCCCCGCUCGAGGGGGAUCCUGGUUCGAAAAUGGACGGGAGAUUCUACGCCUUUUCAAUUCCCAGUCAAUCCCAUCGAAUUCACCAAGGUGUGGCCGGAGGAAUGGCCCUUUCGGGAGACCGACUUUUUGAGGGGGGAUUCGAACGACGAUGGAUGGUUCUACAAGGUCCCCCGGCUGGUCUACCACAUCGAUGAGCCGGCCGCCGCCUCGCUGACCCAAUACUACCGCCGAAACAUCCGCCCAAAAUCCGAUAUACUGGACAUUUGUUCGUCUUGGGUCUCCCACUAUCCCCUAGAGUUUCCUCAGACGAUGGGCAGGAUAUGCGGGACGGGGAUGAACGGAUUCGAGCUGGGCUUCAACGACCAGCUGACGGGAGGCUAUGAAACCAAGGACCUCAACGACGAUCCGGUCCUGCCUUACGAGGACAACUCCUUUGACGUGGUCACCUGCGUCGUUUCGAUCGAUUAUUUGGUUGAACCGAUCAAGGUGCUGCAAGAAGUCCGUCGCGUGCUGAGGCCCGGAGGGAAAGUGAUAAUAUCUCAGUCCAAUCGGUGUUUUCCAAGCAAGGCGAUUGCUAUGGUGAGUCUUUGUAUUUAAUAUUGUCGUUUCUAUCAUCGUUUGGAUUGCUAUCCAUCCAUUGCGGUAUACCAUGGGGAUAAAUGAUCCAUUGUGAACUUGUUGUUCUAGAUAUUGUUUUGCAAUUAUCGAAAACUUAAUGGAGUGGAAUUUUUUGCUUGCUUGGCUGCUUGCCUAUUUUCGUUCACAAUUGCAACCAGUGGUUGGGAAUGACCGAUCUACAGCAUAUGGAGUUGAUCAACGGUGAGUUCAUGAUUCCUACCUUCAUUUUACAUCAUGUAAUCGUUCYWWUGCCGUUAAAUCGUCUUUCCCGACGAAUACUAUGUUUACUAACAUUUACGAUAAACAAUAUUUGCUUGAAAUGUAUUGCAACAGGAUACUUUCAAUACGCUGGUGGUUUCGAACCCCGCAAAGCCUUUGACAUAACGGCGACGCUUCCAAACAACAGACGAAACGAUCCCAUGUUUGUUCUUGAGGCAACGAAAGCGAGAAUUACGUUAUGAAACUUGCAAACCCUAUGCGCAAAAGGAUGUAGCUAUACUUCGCACAACGCGAACAUCAUCUUAAAGAAACAUACUUUUCUUUUCAUAUUGAUACAGAAGCUUUUUACUUUCUACUAUAUUGUGCUGGCGUGGGUGAAAGAAUUACACUUUGAAARUUUCAAAAAAUCAUUUCCUAAUCAAUACCAGGAGAAACAAUUGAUUGCUUGAUCAUAGUUCUCCSACAGCCUCGGAGAACUGCAUCUUCUUGUGAUAGUAGGCAGCCCCCGCUGCCAUAGCUCCCGCUCCAAGCAAUAGCAUUUGCAGAACGCCAAAUCCGGGGGGUCCCUGCCCGACUUCGUAUCCGUCCUCGUCCACGAUUUUCGACAGAAGGAGCGACUCGGGCUUGGUCCAGGGGCAGACCUCGGGCUUGUCCCCGUUCGUGUUGUCGAUCAUGACCUUCCAGACUUCGUCCCCCCAUUCCAAAACGUCGGAGUCGACGUGUUCCAUUUCGUCCCACUCGAACCGUUCCUUCAUCCUCCGCGAGCCGGCCUCUCCCAGGUAUUUGUCCACGUGUCUCGGGCAGUUUUGGAAGGUUUCGUAGCAGGUAGAACCUAUUCCCAAAACGGCGUGCUGGAGYCCUUUCAGUGGUUGCUCUCCUCCUUUUGAGGCCUCCUGCAAACGAUACAAGAAUUUUCCAAAGCCGGUGGGGGGUUCGCCCUCGCCAUAGCUGGAGGUGGCGACCAGCAAAAAAUCGUAGUUGUCGGUGCCGACUUCGUCCCAUCGAUCGGCUAUGUCGUCUCCCUUGACAAUCUCAAGGACCUUGAGGACAUCGCCGUGUUUCUCUCGCCAUUCUUUGCCAAUCUUCUCGGCAAAUCCAUAGGUGUUGUUCGUUUCAGAACCCCACACCAACAACACUCGCAUAGUCUUCAUGGUAACGAUUGAUGAAAACGAUGAGAUUAAUUCUGAACGUAGGUGGUCGACGUAUCGAAAAAAAUGACAGUUUGCAU